GGCUGAGUUCCUCCUGGCCGUGGCGGGCCAGAUCAUCGGCCUGGGCAACGUCUGGAGGUUCCCCUACCUCUGCUACAAGAACGGAGGAGGAAGACAUUUUCAAGGGGUUUUGUUAGAUUGGAGGAUAUGUGUAUUUUGACACCUUUUGAUAUGACAAAAGUUCUUCAAAAUCCAUCCAUUAUACAGAUUUUUACUAUUUUUGUCUGGUCAGAUGUUGACUGGGAUUGUAAUAUAGGGAUAAUACUAUCACUUAAGUUUUAUAACAGGGUUUAUUCUGUGGUUAUUACUUGGUCAUGGGGUUCAAAUUUCAAUUAAAACUUGGGUUAAAGUUAUUUAAAGUUUAGAUUUUGGGUUGAAUGUAAUAAGGGAUGGUCUUAACAAGGAUAGCACCCUUUUGUGUGUGUGUUUGUGUGGCCAGGUGUGUUCUUUAUACCCUACCUGUUGUUCCUGGUGCUGUGCGGCAUCCCCCUGUUCCUCAUGGAGACAUCGCUGGGACAGUACACCAGCCUGGGAGGAGUCAGCGCCUGGAGGAUGAUCUGUCCAUUAUUUGGAGGUCUCGGCUAUGCCAGCCAGGUGAUGAUCCUGCACGGCUGCGUGUACUACAUCAUCAUCCUGGCCUGGGCUCUCUUCUACCUGUCCUACAGCUUCCAGGCGGAGCUGCCCUGGUCGCACUGUAACAACACAUGGAACACCGAGGCGUGUUUCCUGUUCGACCGCCAAAACCAAACAGUCAAUGGGAGCAGCCUGCCUGAGAACGCCACCUCUCCUGUCAUUGAGUUUUGGGAGCGUGAGGUGCUCCGUCUUUCCAGCAAUUUAGACGAGCUGGGUCCAAUCAGCUGGAAGCUGGCUCUGUGCCUCGCCGUCGUCUGGCUCGUGUGUUACUUCUGCGUCUGGAAGGGAGUGAAGUCCACCGGAAAGGUGGUGUACCUGACAGCCACCUUCCCAUAUGUCAUGCUGUUUGUGCUGCUGGUGCGCGGUGCCACCCUGCCCGGAGCGACCCAGGGCAUCAUCUACUACCUCAAGCCCAACCACACCCGCCUGGCAGACCCGCAGGUAUGGAUGGAUGCAGGUACCCAGAUAUUUUUCUCAUACGGAAUCGGUUUGGGAAGUCUCACAGCACUCGGCAGUUACAACAAAUACAACAACGACUGCUAUAAGGACUCGUUCCUUCUGUGCCUCCUGAACAGCGCCACCAGUUUCCUGGCUGGUUUUGCCAUCUUCUCGGUGCUGGGCUUCAUGGCUGAAGAGCAGGGCGUGGAUAUCGCCACGGUGGUGCAGUCAGGGCCCGGCCUUGCCUUCAUUGCCUACCCGAGAGCUGUAGCCAUGAUGCCCGUCCCCCAGCUGUGGGCCGUCUGCUUCUUCCUCAUGAUCAUCAUGCUGGGGCUGGACACACAGUUUGUGAGUCUGGAGGCCCUGAUGACGUCGGUGACUGACCUGUACCCUCAUCUGAUCCGCCGAGGACACCGCAGGGAGCUGCUGCUGCUAUUCGUCUGUGUCGUCUGCUUCCUGGUGGGACUGGUCAUGGUCACGCCGGGUGGUCUGUACGUGUUCCAGAUCUACGACCAUUUCUCCUGCAGUGGAGCCAGCCUGCUGCUGCUCUCCAUCUUCCAGUCUCUGGCCAUCGGCUGGGUCUACGGAGCCGACCGCUUCAACGCCAACAUCAGGGAUAUGACCGGCUACAGCCCGCUGCCCGUCUUCAAGCUGUGCUGGAAAUACCUGACCCCAGCCGUGUGCAUGACCACUUUUGUGUUUUCCCUGGUGAGCUGGUCUCCGUUGAGGCUGGGUAAAGGCCUGGUGGCUCCGGUCUGGGCCACCUCGCUGGGCUGGCUCCUCACUUUCUCCUCCAUCUCCCUGCUUCCCAUCUGGGCCGUCUACGCCCUGGCCACCACCCCGGGAACUCUGCCGCAGCGCUUCCAACGUCUGUGCCGCCCCGCCAAAAGCUCAUCACUGGCGCUCCCCUACAGCCCCGCACUGCCCCUCACCGAGAAGCCGAAGGAGCCGAACACAGACAUCAUCCAGGAUCGUAUGACCCGAUGAUUGCUCUCUGUGAGGUCAGGGCUCUCUCACUCGGGGAGGAGGUGCACAUUUCGGCCUCAAUAGCCCGUGAGGGUGGCUCCUUCAGGGGGUCCAGCCCUUGAUGGGGACACAGCUUGCUGUACUCCACCUCCCGUUGCCAGCUACCAGAGUUGGCUUAUUCUAAAACACUCCUUGGAUCUUUUUAACCUCUUUUAUUUAACAUUCUAGUUCAAUCACUGUACUCGUGGACCAUUUUAUCACCGUCCCGAUAGUCAUCCAUGGCUCAGGACGCAGCUAAAUAAAACUAACCUUUUUUUUUUUUUUGGCCAGCAUUACUUAAUAAGUUGGCCCUCAUCUUUACUCUCUAUGAGAGUUCACUGCAUGCUUUGCUUUGACUCUCCACUGACUAUGUUUCGGGUGCCGCUAUCCUGUUAUGACUCUGUGAGUCAGACGUGUUUUAUACAGUGAUUUGUCUGGACGUGUAUGUGCUUCACCAUCUGUGAUCGCCACAUCAUGGAGCUUGAAUGGCUCAAAACAUGCCUUAUCCCUACACCAAGUGGAUCUGCAUUCGCAAAACACGUUUUACUGCCAAUGUAUCAAGUGCUUAACUUGAUGUCAUGGUUAGACUCCGUCAUUGACAAAAUGAUUAAGAUGUGCAGUGACUAUUUCCAUCCAUUAUACUCAUCCAUCUUUAAAAAAGUAGGCAGGAGUGUUGUUUGUGCUUUUUAUUGUCGUUGUUGGAAGCCUCUGUCUCAAAAGUGCAGUUCUUGCUAAAUGAAAGAAUAGAACCUCUUUGCACGAUACCAAAACUUACUAUCAUCUAUCAAGGUGGGAAACACGCAAUCAUAGUGUCUGAAUCAGCAUGUGUUAGUAUAAUAUUGAAAUAUUGCUGCUGCUGUGUUGACAAAACUGAAAAAAAAUGUUUUAUUCUCGACCGGAAAGGUUUAACCGAUAAUGUUAAAGUAGGAUUUUAGUGAGAAAAUAGAGUAUAUUUAACUGUAACAUGCAGUAGAAUGUCGAAGUGCAAAUCUGAAGUGGCAAGUGAAGAAAAUAAGGUGUUAAGUUUAAUUAAAGGACAAGUGGACAUUUAUAUUUUUUUCCCAAAAUUUUUGUUUAUAGUUCAAUAAUCACCCCAUGCCUUUUUAAUAAAUGUCUGGGGUUUCAGGAUGUGAAAUCACCAUUUACUUACUGUAUCGGACUCAAUGUACUCGUCACUGGGAAAACAUGUUUCAAUCUUUAAAACCAGAAGUAUGAGCAAUGUUUCGUGGGUGAGCGUGGGUGUUUAACAUGUUUGAAGAUAAAUAGUUCCUUUUAACAAACUUGAAACUGCUGUUUUUCCAUAAACUAACAUUCGGACCUGGAUCAGUGUUUUUUGAUUGUAUGCUCCUCUGAGAUUAAUCAGAACCUUUUUCUUAUGUAUCAUUGUUUUCUUUUCUUUUUAUAUAUGAAUACAUAUUUAUAU